GAGAUGAAGUAACAGCGGCAGUCGAUCAACAGAGCCUCAGCAGCGUGCGUACCGCGGACCCGGAGGUUUUUUUUUUUUUAAUUCUUCAGGGGGGGAAAACAGGUGACGGAGCACGCCGAGCGACACUCCGCAGUCCUCAGCCUCCAUCGGUGGACAUUACUGCUGCUUCAACUCCCCCCCCCCCCCCCCUUGUCCUCUCCCUCCCGCGCUCCCACCCCGAUUGCCACAAUAGAUGUAUCUCAACUACAUGCAUUUCGACCUGAUCAUCUGAGGCUCCCCCCCUCUCCUUCGCUCCGGCAAGAUGGAAAAUGCGCACACUAAAUCUGCGACCGAAGUUUUGGACAACUUCGGCGUGAACGAGAACACUGGGCUGACACUGGAGCAAGUCAAAGUCCAUCUGGAGAAAUAUGGACCGAACGAGCUCCCAGCUGAAGAAGGGAAGUCCCUGUGGGAGCUGGUGGUGGAGCAGUUCGAAGACCUCAUGGUCAGGAUCCUGCUGAUAGCUGCCUGUGUCUCCUUUGUGUUGGCUCUGUUUGAGGAGGGAGAGGAAACAACCACCGCCUUUGUUGAGCCUGUUGUUAUUCUUCUCAUCCUCAUCGCCAACGCUGUGAUCGGGGUCUGGCAGGAGCGCAAUGCCGAGAACGCCAUUGAGGCUCUGAAGGAGUACGAACCAGAGAUGGGGAAGGUGUACCGAAUGAAUCGCAAGGCUGUCCAGAGGAUCAAAGCCAGAGACAUCGUCCCAGGAGACAUAGUGGAGGUGGCAGUCGGUGACAAGGUACCUGCUGACAUCAGAGUGACCUCUAUCAAGUCCACCACCCUGCGAGUGGACCAGUCCAUUCUCACAGGGGAGUCUGUGUCCAUCAUCAAGCACACUGACCCCGUCCCUGACCCCAGAGCUGUCAACCAAGACAAAAAGAACAUGCUGUUUUCUGGCACAAACAUCGCUGCAGGUCGCGCCAUAGGUGUUGUCAUCGCUACCGGCGUUACCACAGAGAUCGGUAAGAUCCGAAAUCAGAUGGCAUCCACAGAACAGGAGAAGACGCCGCUGCAGCAGAAGCUGGACGAGUUCGGCCAGCAGCUCUCCAAGGUCAUCUCCCUGAUCUGCGUGGCUGUGUGGGUCAUCAACAUCGGCCACUUCGGAGACCCCGUCCACGGCGGCUCAUGGAUCAGAGGGGCCAUCUAUUACUUUAAGAUUGCCGUGGCCCUGGCCGUGGCCGCCAUACCCGAAGGCCUGCCCGCUGUCAUCACCACCUGCCUGGCCCUCGGCACGCGUCGCAUGGCCAAGAAGAACGCCAUCAUUCGCAGCCUGCCCUCCGUGGAGACCUUGGGCUGUACAUCUGUUAUCUGCUCCGACAAGACAGGCACCCUCACCACCAACCAGAUGUCUGUCUGCAGAAUGUUCAUCGCAGACAAGGUGGAAGAUUCAAACUGCUCCCUUCAUGAGUUCUCUAUUACUGGCUCGACGUACGCCCCCGAGGGACAAAUACUGAAAGGAGACAGGCCCGUCCAGUGUGGAGACUAUGAUGGACUUCUGGAGUUGGCCACCGUGUGCUCUAUGUGCAAUGACUCUUCACUGGACUACAAUGAGGCCAAAGGCGUUUAUGAGAAGGUGGGUGAAGCCACAGAGACGGCUCUCACCACCUUGGUGGAGAAGAUGAACGUCUUCAAGACUGAUGUGUCCGGACUGAGCAAGGUGGAAAGGGCAGGCUGCUGCAACUCGGUAAUCAGACAGUUGAUGAAGAAGGAGUUCACCCUGGAGUUCUCUCGUGACCGCAAGUCCAUGUCGGUGUACUGCACCCCUGUCAAGCCGGGCUCUCAGAGCAAGAUGUUCGUCAAGGGUGCUCCAGAGUCUGUGAUCGAGCGCUGUCAGUACCUGCGGGUGGGAACAACGAAGGUGCCGCUGACGCCCUUGCUGCGCGACCAGCUUAUGGCCAAGAUCAGGGACUGGGGGACGGGCAGGGACACCUUGCGCUGCCUCGCGCUGGCCACUCAUGACACCCCGCCACGCAAGGAAGACAUGGAUUUGGAGAAUUCCAGCAAGUUUGUGCAGUAUGAGCUGGGUCUCACAUUUGUCGGCUGCGUGGGCAUGCUCGACCCACCCAGGAAGGAGGUGAUCGGGUCAGUGAAGCUGUGCAACGAGGCCGGUAUACGGGUUAUCAUGAUCACGGGAGACAACAAGGGCACAGCUGUGGCCAUCUGCAGGCGAAUCGGUAUCUUCAGCGAGGACGAGGAUGUGAUGGGAAUGGCCUACACGGGCCGCGAGUUUGACGACCUCCCGCAGGAAGCGCAGAGAGAGGCCGUCAAGCGGGCACGUUGCUUCGCCCGCGUCGAGCCGGCACACAAGUCUAAGAUUGUGGGAUACUUGCAGUCAUUCGAUGAGAUCACUGCCAUGACAGGAGACGGUGUGAACGACGCCCCGGCCCUGAAGAAAGCAGAGAUAGGCAUCGCCAUGGGCUCCGGCACGGCCGUGGCCAAGUCGGCGUCUGAGAUGGUGCUGUCUGAUGAUAACUUCUCCACCAUAGUGGCCGCUGUGGAGGAGGGCAGAGCCAUCUACAACAACAUGAAGCAGUUCAUCAGAUACCUCAUCUCCUCCAACGUGGGAGAAGUCGUCUGCAUCUUCCUGACAGCCAUCCUGGGUCUCCCCGAGGCUCUGAUUCCAGUCCAGCUGCUCUGGGUUAAUCUGGUGACUGACGGCCUGCCCGCCACCGCCCUGGGCUUUAACCCCCCAGACCUGGAUAUCAUGGACAAACCUCCCCGCAACCCGAAGGAGCCUCUCAUCUCCGGCUGGCUCUUCUUCAGAUAUCUGGCCAUAGGAGGAUACGUGGGCCUUGGAACAGUCGGUGCCGCCACAUGGUGGUACCUGUUUGACGAAGAAGGCCCGCAAGUGUCUUUCUAUCAGCUGAGACACUUCAUGCAGUGCACCGAGGAGAACCCCAUGUUCAAGGACAUCGACUGUGAGGUGUUUGAAUCACGCUACCCCACAACCAUGGCCCUGUCCGUGCUGGUCACUAUUGAAAUGUUCAAUGCGCUCAACAGUUUGUCUGAGAACCAGUCCCUGGUCCGGAUGCCUCCCUGGGUCAAUAUUUGGCUGCUGGGAGCCAUCAUCCUCUCCCUCUCCCUGCACUUCUUAAUCCUCUACGUCGAGCCUCUGCCGUUGAUCUUCCAGGUGACCCCCCUGCGCUGGUCCCAGUGGAUCGUGGUCCUGAAGAUUUCCAUCCCGGUCAUCCUCCUGGAUGAGGCACUGAAGUAUAUGUCCAGGAACCAUCUAGAAGCCUAAAUUCUUUUUGUCUCACCUUCUGUGAAAAGGUGACGAAGACAAGAAAUAUCGGAGGAGAUGGCAGCGGAACUAAGACCUCUCCAUCAACACACUCACACACUUAGACACACGCCUACCCUCUUCCCUUUACGAGCUAGGAACCUUUUCUCCACCCUGUCCUCGUUCCCCACUCCUGCAUGUCCAACAGACCACCACUAGAAAACGAGCAGCGGCUUGCAUGAGGGCGUGUGUGUGCGAGAGCGAGAGAGAGCGAGCAUGCGUGUUCCCGCGAGCAUGGCUUUGUGACGAGUGUGUGAGCGAAUGAGCCGAGCGUGCGUGUCAACGGGCAGACACCGGCCUGUCUUUAUAGCUGCGAGAAACAACCGCAGGAAAAAAAGAAGAAAAAAAAAAAAGAUAAAACUCUGCUUUUUAAAGAUUUCUGCUCAUUGGUUUUUUUGACUGUACAGUACAAACAUAGUGGUGCAGUAACUGGACUUUGGGGAGGGAAGGAGAGGGAGGACGGGGUUGAUAACACAGGGCGUGGGAGGGCAGGAGAGGGGAUGGAGUGGGGGGGGGGGGGGGGGGGGGUUUGAAUUAGUACAGAGAACCAAAAGAGAGAUUGAGAGGCCUGGCGCGGAGAAGAGACUGGCGUACACACUGGCGAAAAAAAGAACGGCAUCAGCAAGAACGUGGAAGGUGAAAACAGCCGGCUCUGGAGGCGGCAUGGCCAGCGCAGAGAGCCCGUCGUACCUGUGCGUGUGUGUGUCUGUGUGUGUGUGUGUGUGUGUGUUUGCGCACACGCAAAAACAUUAUCUAGAGGUACGGCUUUGGCUCCUGCCACCCACACUACUGGCAGCCAGCUCUGCAAGAACACGACCUUGUCAGCACAACACAAUGGCAUCUCUGGCCAGUUUGCCACGGCGCCGCCCCCCCCGUCACUCUUUGUCCAACUCCUGGUUGAUCGUGUUUUAUGCAGAAUCGCUCUCUCUUCCUCCUGUCUGAUCUCUCCAUCUCUCUUUUCACGCUCUCUGUAGAGGAGGCAGCUGGGCGUCGGGGAUGUUUUCUUUCUUUUUUUCUUUUUUUUUUCCCGGGGGCUCUCUAGUUUAGGGGUGUGGAGAUAUCGCUCCACCUAAAGGUGUGAAUAGCUUUACGCUGCUUGGCCGCUUCCUUCCGGCUCUUAAUUCGAGGAGCUGAGGCCAGCUCACGGAUAGAUAAAUUAAUUUAAAAAACUAAAUAAAUAAAAAAUUAAAAUGUCAAACAUCAACCAAACCAGCAUAUCAGUAGAGUAGUUGUCAGCCAGUUCAUCCAGCUGGUCCUGUUAAGCCUCACUUUAAUGUCCACGUGCUGUGCUGCCAGUGGAGUUUUAGCUGUCAGACUAUCUGAAUUAAACGUAGAUCUGGACAACAGGAUCAUGCUCUGGAAUGAUCGUCUCGGGGCAUCGUGUUGCCGAUCUCCCUUUAAUUUCUUCAGUUAUUUCCAACCCUGCACCAGCUCUAAGGUGUGUGUGUGUGUUUGUGUGUGAGCGCGUGCAUAGAACCUUACUUGAAUUAAUUUGCCUAAUUUGACUCGAUAGGAUUUCAGUCGUUGAAUCGCACAGAUGACGUAGUUAAAGUAAGUUAAGGAACGGCAUCCAAACUGCUUGACUGUCUCCACUCGCUCGUGAACCAUUUAUAUAUUAAGCACAUUUCAACAUCCAUGCCUUAUACAGCCCACUGCACCUCCACAUGACGUAUGUGGUCGAAAUGAAUGUGUUCCUGCUAAUCUCUAAUUAGCUUUUUACCCCCACCCCACCACCACUCUCACUCAUGCGCGUCCUGUCUGUCAGUGAUGUUCAUUGUGAUCACUCGAGGUCUUAAGGACUCUGAAUGUCCACCUGGACUGAAGCAUGUUUGAUAGGAGACCACGUUAUGUUGUGCUUUUGUGCGCUGCUCCCUCAGCUCCUCCUGCUCUCUCAGUGCUUUAGCGACUCACUUGGGUAUCGUUUUAUAAUGACUUAAUAGUAAUGUAUUUGACUGAAUGAACCCACCCCCACCCCAGGUUUUGGAUUGUGUCUUUAAGUCUUAAUUAUGGGUUUUUGCGUUGGGCCCUGGUGCUCUGUGGACCGGGUGAGCGGUGUGUUUGGUCUCUUCCGCAUAGGAAAGAGGAGUGUGUACAUUCAAGGGGGAAGAAAAAACUUAGUAAAGGUGCCGGACCAGAAACGGGAAGAAGGAGCUGCAGUGAUGAGUAAAAUGAAUUGUAAUAAAAUGUUUGAUGACCGAGGUCUUUGAGGCACCUGUUGCCUGGGGGAGAUAUAUGUGCGAUUUUCUUUAAAAGAUAAGUUCACCCGUGACUGAGAAUGUAAUCAUUAUGUACUCGCCCUCAUGCUGAUGGGAAGUUGGUGAUGGUGGAGUUUUAAGUUCACGAAUAAUUUCUAGAGCUUCACAGCAGAACUUGGGACUUGUUUUGUAAAGAGUACCACAAGAAAACAAAAAGAGCAGCUUGUUCUUCAAGUCUCUGGAAGCCCGGAGAUCCCAAAUUGACUUGAAAAUACAUUAUUUACACUCUAUUUUAAGCUGAAAACUUCACUGUAGCCGCUCAGCUAAAAGCGUUAGCAUGCAGCCUGUCUAGGUAUCUAAAUAAAUAAAUAAAAAGAUAAAUUACAAACAUAAAUUGCUCCAUACAGCUCAUCUGGCGGAAGCCCUGAGAUUCCAAAUUAAUACGAAAAGACAUUAUUUAGCCCUCGCUGCACUGUCGGGCUUGGUAUCUAUGUCAGUGCGUGCUAACACUUCUAGCUCAGAAGCUACAGUGAGGAUUUCAGCUUUAAAAAAGGUGUAACUAGCUUCUUUUGGAAUCAGUUUGGUACGUUUUAAGUUCUGCUCACAAUUGUUUUAACAUUUUUUAACAAGUCCCCAUCCACUUCACUUGUUCAGGAGAACGCUGCAGUGCUGUUCUACUGGGAAGCUCCAGCAAUGUUUUUUGUACUGCAAAAUUUCCCCCACACUUUCCAUCAGCAUUGGGGCAUGUAAAGGAUGGCUGGUCUGUCAGUUUUUUGGUGAACUUAUCCUUUAAAUGAAUUUAAUUGUGAGUUAAUGACAGAAAUGUGCAGUUGUUCCUUCCUUUACCUUCCUCUUCUUGCUUCCAGACCUGAUAUCAACACGCAGUACUGAUUCCCACAGUUUGACAUAGAGCCUGGUUUAAAAUCCAAAGGAAAAUCCACCCUUAAACACUUAAAACUCUUCAGUGGUCCAUCUGCGGUUGCUUACAGGACUGUAUGACUACUGUCAUAGUCAUCUAUUUUGUUGCUUGGUGAUGUUUUUAUUUUUUCUUACUCCAGGGAAUAACUAGUCAAAUUUAGAUGGCAUGACAUCAUCGAAUCCAGAUCAUUUCCAGUUCCACAUGCUCUCUGGGCUCGCUAUUGGAAACGCUCCGAAGGAAAUCACUCAUUGAUGAAAAGUACAUCACCAGGCGCAAAAACAUCUCAGCCUGAUGACAAUGUGAGAAAGCGUUUGGGUGGAAUAUUCCUUUUUCAUUUUAGACCAGAGGCUGGGUUUUAUCUCGAUUUAUAUAAGGAUUUUGAUUAUACUUGACAUAAAGACGUAUCUUCAGUGAUUUCUUCAGUUCAUCUAUUAAGUUUUUUUUUUUUUUCCACCACCAUGAGAAUGUGGCGCCUCUGUCCAGAGCAGCUGUCCCUGUCCCAGGUCUCCAUGGCUCUGUAACAUGCUGGCACUCUGGCCACCAGGCACUAUAGGUCUGUAUAGCCUUGUUAUUUACUACUGAAUCCUCAACUCUGUACAGAAGAUGAGAAUAUGAUCGCAUGGAACCUUGUUACUGUAAUAAUAACCUAUACAGUAUAUAAUAUUUAAUUUUUUGAUAACUUACAUCAAUGAAACUUACUUACCAACAACAGACAGACUUGCGAGAAACUUUUUUUUUUUUUUAUUCGAGCACAUGGUAUCUAAGGAUUUCAUUUUGUUUUUGUUUUUGUUUUGUAGAAUAGAAAGGUUGUUUCUUCAUUGUUUCCGUUUGGUUUUUACAGUCGCUGGGGUUUUGUGUCUUUUACUGUAGGGCAAAAGAAUAUGAUGUUAUCAUGUUUAAGGUAGACAAGAAUCAUGCUUACGCUAAAUAAUGACGAUGACGCUGAUCAGCUCAGCGAUGGUUAUGCGGUGUGAGAACGGUCAGGAAUUUGUGAAUGAACUGUGUCUGGUUUACACUGAGCGAAAAAGCAGUGAUGAAUCCUGGGAUAUGAAGUUUUAUGACUGUACAGUGAAGGGCUUGGCGUGGGUGCAGGCUCUAGAGACCCCGCGACAAUACUUUUGGGUCUGGCGGCUCUUCAAGCCCCGUACCAUCUGUCAACAGUAACCACCUUUACUAACAGCGAAGGAGUGAUCAGGCUCAAAUCAAUAACAUCUGACUGCUGGUUCCCCAUUUUCUUUGUCUGCAUAGACGAGUAAACAGUCUCUAGAGCCUGAGUCCCGCCUCUGAGAAAUUAAAGGAUUCUCUGUAUUGCCUUGUUAAUAUUAAAUGUGGACACAUAAUUUUAUAAAUGACAAAGACGUGGAAAUAAAGAUAAUUUAUCUUGUUAUUUAUUCA